UUUCAAACUACCAAACCCGAAGCCAUGACGAAUCCGAAUCCAAGUCACCGAUCCGCUCUUCCAAACACGGGUAACACCCAAUGAUUAAUUGCUCAGCUCAGACGAGGAGGCUUGAGCUAAAGGGAGGGGUGAAGCCCAAAGACGUUGAAAUUGAAACUCUAGAAACUGAGAUUGAAAUUUCAGAGAGGCAGGCAGCUCAUACUCCCACAACCCCACGAAGCUGCGGCCUGCGAGUGGUGCUGUAGCAUAGCAGCCACUGCACUCUCUCUCUCUGUAGUUUCUUGCUUCUUGGUUAUUUGGGUCUCUCUUCUCUUGGGGUCAUCUGCUUUUGCAUCUCUUUCUUCUGUUCAUUUGGGGUCUCUCUUCUCUUGGGGUUGUCUUCUUUUGAAUCUCUUUCUUAGCUGUUCAUUUGGGGUCUCUCUUCUUCUGAGUUUGGUUCUCUCACUGUCAUCUGCGUUUGAUUCUCUCUCCUCUUUCUCCUUUCAUCUGCUGUACUAUUUGGGCUUCUCUCUGGACCUUCUGCUUCUGACACAAGCAACGCAUUCAAUGGCGAAUCCCAAAACUCCUCCCCCCAUUAUUGGAAAAGCUGGAAGAUACACAGUCUUCCUCACCCCCAAGCAAUCACCCCCCCAAACUGCACCCCUUCAAACACCAUCCCCCAAACCACUAUCCCCUCGAACGCCUAUCCCUGAGGCCAAGCCAUCUCCUCCUGUUCAACCCCCUCCCCUUCAGUUCGAAACUCCAAAAAAUACGAUGUCUUCGUCGCAUUUCGGUUUCUUCUGGUCAGCUAUUGCGAAGGUCCAGCAUGUGCAUUCAAGUGUUGAUGAGUAUUUGGCUGAUCUGUUUGGGUUGAACCAGUCCAAGUAUCAGUGGGCUCUCAAUGAGUACUACGAGACCAAUGCAACGGAUAUCGAGAAUGGAAAUCUAAAGGGACAAAAAUGCAAAGGACUAAAGAUGCUGCAAAAACAUAACCAGGAAGUAAAGAAAGAGGGUGCUACGGCUUAAACAUGCAAGAUGAUGUGACUUUUCACUCAUUUGCAAUGUUGAUUACAUGGCAAUUCUAUAUUAAGAUGACUAAGUGCACUAUUAAGGAGAAUUCGGAGACUCAAGUCUGCGGUGCUCUUUUGUGUUGGAAAAAUGAAGAUUGCUGAGAUCUAGGCUUGUUGAACAUUGGCAAUUCUCUGUUUGUAUGAUGUUAUAAAACUCCCUUUAACUCUACUGUGGAUUAUUUUGGAUUUUGUCCCAUCAGCCAUCCUUCUCAUAGGUUGGUCCUCAUAUGUGAUCUAUGUAUAUGUUUCCCUGCACUCUCAUUUGAAAUUAAUGUCUGUUAUUUUGGAGUUAAUUGCCAUUGUCAGACCCAAAGGUCAAAACAUAACUAAAUGAGAUCAUGGUUAAAGCUUA